GCGAGCGGGAGAGAGAGAGAAGCUUCAGACAGCAGAAUCUAUACAGAAUCUAAAGAUAAGGGGAAGGUUCGCAGGCUCUCCAGGACUCCGGUGGAAAGACGGCAGGAGAGGCUUAAAGACGACAAGUGGUGGGCUUCACGUCUCGCUGGGGGAAACCAGGAGGAAGGGGAUUCAGCGGAGACACCUCACGCAAGCUGUCAAACACAGAGGCAGGUCAGGGGGAGGUCUCUGACCCCUUGUUUUUAUUUCAGAGCACAGAGGAAGACUGAACGAGGUAGGGGAAAGUGGAUGUUAAAGACAGCCAACCAUAAAGAUCCAUACUCCUCCCCUUCCAUUCAUAAAUCCAUUACAUUCCAUUGCUAUAGCGAUGUGGAGUCGUUCUUUCCGAUUGGUGGAGGAAGGGUCCCAUUCAGAGGCUUAACCCCACGCGCUGCCUUUCAUCACUCCCAUCUCUCUAUUUCCUCUGUUUUGUUUCUUCCAUUUGGUCUUUGCAUUGCUCUGCUGUGCUGCUUGGCAUUUUUUCUUCUUUCUUUUUGUUUGUGUGUGAGUGCAUGUGUGCGUGCGUAUGUAAAAGCGGUUGUCUCGCAAGCUAUCAUUGUUUGGUUUUGGCAUAAAAUACAGCAGAGCGAAAAAGGAAGAGGACGGGGGAAAAAGAAGAGGCAUCCUUAUAGGAGAAAGGAUAGCAGUCUAAGGACCUUGGACUGCGUAAACAGCUGCCAUUCAUUGGAAAGUGAAUUGAGAUUAAAGAGUCGGCGUAAAACAGGUUGACAACCAUUUCAGUUAGCCACAGAUUAAAGGCGGCUGAAGUAGUUCUCUGGCAAAAGUUCUACCCAGAUAGUUCCAGGAAGGAGCACCGCAGCCAUGAAGGGGGACUCAGAGGAGAGUAUAGAGAGCUUGCGACCUUCCAACUUGCAAGCCUUUGCCAACAACUCUACCCUCCAUGGCAUGAGCCACAUUUUUGCCUAUGGGCAUAUGACGUUCCGCCGCUUCUUGUGGACACUGUCCUUCUUGGGUUCAUUGGGCCUGCUCCUGCUGGUAUGCAUGGACCGCAUCUCAUACUACUUUGAGUACCCACACGUUACCAAGCUGGAUGAAGUGGCAGCACCCAACCUCACCUUCCCCGCCAUCACGUUUUGCAACCUGAAUGAGUUCCGCUUCUCCAAGAUCACACGCAAUGACCUGUACCAUGUUGGGGAAUUGCUUGCCCUGCUGAAUGAGGACUACCAGAUUGCUAACCCGCACCUGGCUGAGCCUGAUGUCUUGGCGGCUCUCAAGGAUAAGGCCAACUUCCUGAACUUCAAACCCAAGCAGUUCAACAUGACCGACUUCUACAACCGAACUGGCCAUGACAUCACCGACAUGCUCCUUCAGUGUACUUUCCGAGGAGAGGAGUGUUACCCCAUGAACUUCACCACUAUCUACACACGAUAUGGGAAAUGUUACACCUUUAACUCUGGGAAGGACGGCAACCCUCUACUGACGACGCUAAAGGGGGGCACCGGCAACGGGCUGGAGAUCAUGCUGGACAUCCAGCAGGAUGAGUACCUGCCCGUCUGGGGGGAGACAGAUGAGACCUCCUACGAAGCAGGCAUCAAGGUUCAGAUCCACAGCCAGGACGAGCCCCCCUUCAUAGACCAGCUGGGAUUUGGUGUGGCUCCAGGCUUUCAGACGUUUGUCUCAUGUCAACAGCAACGGGAGCCGUCUGACAUCUGUGACCCUGUGCAUGGUCUCUGCUUGUGGCUUUCUCUUCAGUACCUCCCCCCUCCCUGGGGAGACUGCAAGUCGACGGCCAUGGACUCGGAGUUCUUCUCUACGUACAGCAUCACGGCCUGCCGCAUCGACUGCGAGACACGCUACCUGGUGGAGAACUGCAACUGCCGCAUGGUCCACAUGCCAGGAACCUCCUCUGUGUGCACGCCUGAGCAGUACAAGGACUGCGCAGACCCCGCUCUGGAUUUCCUGGUAGAAAAGGACAACAACUAUUGCGUAUGCGAGACGCCCUGCAACAUGACGCGAUACGGCAAGGAGCUGUCCAUGGUGAAAAUCCCCAGCAAAGCCUCCGCUAAAUACUUGGCUAAGAAGUUCAACAAGACAGAGCAGUACAUAGGAGAGAAUAUAUUAGUCUUGGACAUCUUCUUUGAGGCUCUCAACUAUGAGAAGAUUGAGCAGAAGAAAGCGUAUGAAGUAGCAGGACUGCUUGGUGACAUUGGUGGACAGAUGGGCUUGUUCAUUGGAGCCAGCGUCUUGACAAUAUUGGAAAUAUUUGACUACUUGUAUGAGGUGUUUAAAGAUAGAGUCCUGGGUUUCUUCAUACGCAAGAAACGUCCCAGACGGUGUCAGAGCGACAAUCUGGAAUUUCCAGAGAACCCAAGCAGCCCUGGUGUCGCGCCUAAUCUUGCCCCCAGAGUACCUGUGACACACUCCGGAGUCACUCGGACAGUCUCGGAUUCACGCCGAACAUGUUACCUCGUCACCCGACUCUAGGCAACUUUGAGGAGUUUGCCUGUUGACAACAUAAAGAGGGGGGUGGAGUCUGAGAAAACUGGGGUUUGACAGCAAACUGUGACAAUUACAUAUAUAUUAUUACAAAAAAAAAAUGUGGAGGAAAUAUUUAAAGAAUAGCAAACCUAUAAAUGCCUGAAUAGAAGUAGAAUAUCACUUAAAUAAACAAAAAAAACUUCCAAAACAGAACUCAGGUUUAAUUGCCAUUUCCUGGCAUCAUCUCUCUGCUCUCUGUUUCCUUAUGUUAAACUCCGGCAAAUCAGACAUCAAACUCUAUCCUGCUUGGGGUCUUUCAAAUGGAGCCCAUCUGCUAUUACUGAAGUACAACACAUCUGGGACAGAUCAAGCUGUCUUCAUGGACAAGCCUGUCACAUGUCCAGUCUGGGGGAACCGAGAGAUCAGAUAUGGGGGACUAAGAGUUGGACAAUUCUCCCACAAUCCAGUGCGAGGCAGUUGCUCCUGUAAGAACUUCCCAUUUAAGUGUUGGCCAAGAGGAAUGGAAUCGCAGUGGCCUUCCAAUGGUGGCUUCAUCUCAAGGAGCACAAGAGGACCUGAAGGAGAGUAUCCGGGCAGGCCUACAUCCGUCAGUAGUGUCCAAGUGCUUUUUUUCUGUCAUCUACAGCUUUUUGGAUGUGAUUGGGGUUUUUGGGGGCUGGCUUCUCAUACCAGUUUAAGGGCAGACAGUAUCCUUCCCUACCAAGAUCCCUCUGAGAUUGAGGCAGCUGUCACCUCAAUGUGUCAUUGCAGUAGAAGCUGUGUCUGUCGUCCCUCUUCACCGGCCUUUCCCGUGAGUGAGACGUGGAUAGGUUGGUUUCAAGUCCAAUUUAAAUUGAUUUUGAUAUUCCUCUUUUCUUUACAGCAAAGAACCAUAUCAGCAUUUGUGCAUAGAGUCAGUAAAUGAGGGUGUGUGGUCUGGUAUUAAAUAUUCAGUUGUUUUUUUGUAGUCCAACUGCACAAAACACGAUUAGAUUGGCAGACACCAAGAGAUCACAUUUUUACAUAAUGAGAAUUAAUAUAUUUACACCGGUGUGAGAUAUGGACGCAAAAUGUGACUGAUCACUGGACUUGGGAGAGGUGGCAGAUGCCCAGACAAUGUGAGGAUUGUUCUGGAAAGUAAGAUGAGCGUGCUUACAGUAUUUAAUGAGUUCCCCAUUUCUGUGUGAGGCCUUUUAGCAUUCAGCUUUGCGCAAGCCAAUCCUGUCAGAAUGGCAACAGUAGCAUCCAGUGAAAUACCCAAAAAUCAACGUCAUCAUAACAUUCUCGUUACAAAUGGUAGACCAAUGGCUUUCUCUCAAGGUACUGUAGCUGCGGUGUGGCGAAGACAGCUGUGCAUCAUUCUUCCCUUUUCUGUGGGACUGCACUGGAUUUCAAGUACCAUCAAAUGGGUCGGAGUUUCUUGCAGGAAGAAUAAUCCCUAGGUCACGACCUCAAGUCUCCCAAUGACCGGAAGAGCCAUGUUUGGUGCCUUGAUUUGUUUCGUAAAUAGCUGCUGUUGUUAAGCACAUGCGGCGGCAACAUUUGCGUCGCUGCUGAGACUUAAAAUGUUUAUGUUCUUAAAACAGCACAUAUUUAUAGCUUUGGAGUAAAUCUGAUUGGCCACAACGGGGUUCACCGAUCACUGUGAAUGCAGGAAAUAACCAUCCGUUACCACCAGCUGUGCUGCAGUGAGAAAUGUGCAGUAUACUCCAAAAAUAGGUAAUAAACAGCUGAGUUACUAAAAGAAAAUCAUGUUCAGCUUAAAAUGGCUACUGUUUCUACUGUAAACACAACUGUCUGACAGAAAGUGUUCCUGAAAAAGGAUCUGGCCCAGUAUAAUGAGCAGUCUUUAAACUGGAUGUUUAUUAUUUAAAAAAAGCUUCCAUACAAUGCCAGGUAAACAUGUAAGCUCUGCAGUGUGACCUGGGAUGCAGGCCGACUGUCUGGUUUUACACCCCAGGACGCUCAGUGAUAAGAUAGCAGCAUUUCUGUUCUUGUAGAGCCCACUGAUAGGGAAAGGGUGAAGAUCACAGUAACAAUGAUAAACAAAUUAAACGUGGGUGUCGGGGCAUUAAACUGUCAUUAAAAAUUCCAUUAAAUGCUAUUCAUAUAAUGGGGUCUUUUGGUUUGGUUAUAAAAAUGAAGGCUGUCCUAAAAUAGUUGGCCUGGACUGAAAAAACGAUGGCAUUUGCCAGUAAAUAACUUGUUAAAAACAACAAAAUACAAUACACACAGGAUCUACAUUCAGGGUUCCCCCGGUCCCGGUCCCGAAGGGUCAGUUUGCAGUAAGGUGCUGUAAACGCACCUUAUUCAGCUCACCAGGCAGUUGUCAGGUUUCAGUGUGUUUGAGCAGGUAAAUCUGCAAAGUGUCACAGACUGGCCUUCCAGGACCGGAACCGAGGAGCCCUGAUCUACAUUAUAGGGUGUAGAUUUACAAUAAGAGCAAGAGAAACAUGACUGGAUACUGAUAGAUCAUAAUGUGUGGCAUCCAGAAGUUAGCUGUUUGUUUGCCUGGUCCAGCUGAUGCUCAGUCAUGGACCCUUAAGCCAUUCUCAGCCUUCUGCUACUGGUUAGAAUUUGAGCACAAAGUAUUAAUGGGCAAUUUGCCUUUUUUGACAGUCAAUUCAUAUAAUUCAGGAUUAGUUUGGCUAUAGGAUGCAUGGACAGCAAUUUGCCCCGCCCCUUUUUGUCCACUGACUGAUCCCUAUCCAUACCAAUGACUUAGAUUGUUUGAAAUAACAGAUAUCUGGCAGUAAACGUUUAACAAAUAGCUAAACUGUACUGGAUUAACAGAAAAAAAUUCUCCAUAUAAUAACAAAGGGUUUGUAAAUGGGUUACUCUUAGUUGACCGGAAAAAUACAAAAAUGGGAGCCAAAAGCAUUUUCACAUGAUAGGAGACAGGUAUGCGUGAGGAAAUAAGUUGAUUAUUAUUUACAAAUAGUUUGUUACCAUGAAGCUUUACUCCUGUCUGUCUUUUCCGUCUUUAACCUUUUCAUCUGAGGCACCGGCAACACUACCCAACAAUUUAGUUGAAAAUGUAUUUUAUGGCUUUUCAGCAUUUUGUUUGAGGCUUUCCCUGACUUAGGAUUUUCAAAAAGGGUUUUGGCUAAGAGAAUAGCCUGGAGGGUUUUAUUUAUCCGGUUCUGUCUAUCCAUCUAUGUUUAUGCAUUUAUUGAUAGUAUUAUUACCAAGCAAAUUUCGCCAGUCCAGCAGCCCUAUGUCCCACUCUGUGUCCCCCCUCCAGUAGCACUUUGGCUGUUCUGUUUUAAUUUUAGAUCACAGUUAUUCUCUGCAAACUGUCUAAGAUUUACAAGUUGCAUUGCCUAGAAUCAUGACACACUGCUCAUUGCAAACACCUUAAUAUUCCAUUCCGGAUGUUAGCAGGAAAGGAAAUACUACACUUUGCACAACUCCAAACAUUUAACUAUGAAUAAUGAAAAGUAAAAAAGCCUCGCUGUGGUUCAUUACUGUAUUUUGACAGUGUUUUAUUGUGAGAUUUGACUGUUUGAUGAGUCCUUCUCAGAGAAAGUCCUGUUUGAGGGUGUAGGUGUCUGUUUUCCCCCAGUCUGCAUAUUUGCCUACUUGACAGUGUUUUAUUAAGAAUGAAGGCAGCAUUUGACUGGAUUGUGUAUUCUGAGUACUUUCUCCUUCACUUUAAUGGUCUUGUAGUACAAAACUGUGCCGCCUUUGCAUUGUGAUAUACCACUAGGUAAUUACAGGACUUGGUGGGUAAAUUUUAAUGAGCGCAAAAUCUCCCGAAUGGAUUGAAUGAAAUGUCAGUGAUGAAAAGUGUGAAGGGAACAGCUAACUGCUUCAGCAUCCAUGCUAAUUUCUCUCCCUCCCUUCAUAAUGAUUAGCUCAGUGAUAUUUUAUGAAUUAUGACAACAAUCAAUGUAAAUAGAAGCAGCGUGGGUGUAAAAGGCGAUUGGGAAAUUGGCUGUCGACAGGAAAUCAGGUUUCUGUUGGUCUUAGUACGUUAACUUAAUGACUGUUUAACCUGUACAUAAAAAUGACUGUUGUAAAACACAGAACGCCUCUGAAACGCAUCUUUCUGUUCAGUGAGGUUGAGCCCAGUUUCUGUCCCCUCUGAAUGAGGGUUAGGGAAAUCCACUGAGUCCCUUAAUUGGUACAAUGUUUAAACUUCAGCGCGCAGGAUCUGUCGGUGCCCCUCGCAAGCUUCCAGCUACGAUACUUUGCUGUUAUUCUCUCACAUCCAUCUGCCCAUGUUGUAGAGCGAGAGUGCAGAUUUACCCCCAUUUCAUUAGCAAAAGGGGAGCAAUACUGUGCAUUCACUGUGUACGUUCUGGAUGGCCAUCUCAAUUCAAAGAACCUGUAUAUAAUUAACUCGAUUAAUUUUUGUGUCAACACUACUACUUUUAAUAAAUAAUAAUAAAAACAGGCUACAUUUAAAUAGUGCUUUUCAUCCCUCCAGGGAAUGUUUAGAACCAGUUUAAUGUAUUCUGCUGUUUAUUAUGAGCAAUAAGAUUCUGCAUUCUGCAGACAUUUAAGAGUUUAAAAAGAAGAUUGAACACUUAUCCAGCUGAUUCAUAACGUGAAUUUUGUGAGUCAUCAGCUCCGUAAAAAAAAUAUGUGGAAUUACUCAAAUAACAGUUUGUAGACAGGUUUUUUUGGUCCUUUUUUUUGGCUGCAGCUGUCCUGCUUUGAGUAUAAUUACAUUAUCGGAUGAACCACAUAAAACUCAACUAAUGGUAAUGGCUGUAGUGACGGGGGUUAAGAUGAAUUACCAGAUGAAUUCUGAAUUAUCUUUUGCUUCUCAUAAUGUCUAACUCCCUCCCACACACAGACAAAAUAAUAUGAGUGAAAAUUAAGUCUGGUGUGCAGACCAUUUCAGGAUGCCUUCAGCGAGCUUUUUAAAAGUUAAGCUGCAAAGAAUGAGGCAGCUUUGGGACACUAUAGUGUAAUUAUAUGAUUAUGAGCUGAUAUCCAGUUAGGCGAUUCUUCUGGCCAAUCACAGAGAAGCAGUGGCGGAACACUGAGAGUGAAAGGAUGUGGGUUUUAGCAGCCUCGCGACGGGACAAGGCGUUUUUAAAUUCCACCAAGCAGCAUAACAACAAUCCUAGUUGUAUAGUGACACAAAGCUUUUAAUGGAUUUUUAAGACUUAAGUUCUGCCCACUAGUAGAUUAAACUGUAGCUCUGUCAUCGCCUAGUAAGUCUGGUGUAUUCUACUCUUCAAGUUCAGAAGCUGUGUGUGUGUUACUGUGGGCCUCUAACCCCUUCGCUCCUCUUUGCAUGUCCUCUGCGAGUCCCCAAAGCCUCAUGUACCCUUGUGUAUCUUUGCUAUGUUUUAGUACAUAUUCAGUAUAUAUCUACUAGUAUCAGUAAAGUACUUGGAAGCCAGAUGAAGCAAACAGCACGUUCCUUGAGACCGACUGUGACUCUGACAGAGAGCCAGUGCUACUGGCACCUGUGUAAUUUAACAUGUAUUUUUAAUAGUGAUGUCCUCAAUCACCUUUAGUCACACAGCUGGACGUAUAAUGGUUUUAAAAAGGUAUCAUAUGACCACAGGGUCCUCCGUAACGUAAUCGUUUUUAUACAAGCCGGAUCAAAUGCUCAGCUCACUGAUCCAAACUGGUACACUGGAGAACUGGUCUGUCUUAACGUGCUUGUUUUUCAAAGUAGCCUUUUGAUGAAAGUAGUUUUAAUCUAGAUGUGUAAUUAUACAUCCGUCAAAACAUUUUAAUGCCGGUCAGCACGUAAUGCCCAGUUUGCCUGGUUACCCUUGCCUCAGUUAAACCAAAACCCUGUUCUCAGUUUUGUCUUGUUUUCAGCUCUGUGCUGGGAAUUGAUGACCUUGUUAGAGCAGAAGCUGCUACCUUAUCAGAAAGAGUCUCUGUCCCAACGUCGAUCAUAAUAAAGUUCGCAGUGCAUCAAACUAGCCAAGCCUUUAUCUUUUUUUACCUUUACAAUCUUUGUUAAUUUUUUAAAAAUAAAUAUCUUUGUGUAUAGAUAUGUGAGAAAUUUAUAUUUUGGUCUGAGAGUUGUGGAUUAGCUCCUAAUUCUGCUCUGAAUUACUAAGCAUAUAAACACAAUCUGAGGACCAGCGUGGUCUGGCAGGUGGCUUUCCUUGGUGUUACCAUUCGGCAUCCAUGGCAAUUCACCGUUUCUGUUGGUUCAUCUGCCUGUUUCGCUUCAUUUUUGCUGCUGCUUCAUCUUUGCUUUUUGGGAAACACGUUUAAACACGGAUGUGAACAGCGAGGCAAACAGCCCAUGGUGUGUUAUGCUGGAAUCACUGAAAUGUUAUUCUAGAAUUUUUUUAUUGAGUCAAUGUGAAGAGCUGAAGCGGUGCGGAACGGAUGUUUUGAACAAAGAAUGAAAGUACUUUCAAAACAUCCAGCCAUUUGUAUUUUGUAUGAUCAGUUCAGAUCUUUUUAAAUGGAUGUUCAUUGGUGUAUAUUGUCUCCAAUCACCAAUAUCUCUGUCUUACCUGAUGUGGCACCUGGGGGACUGUAACUUGGCUCAUCUGGCUCCAUUUACUGUAUAAAUAUAUUCAGUAAAUAACUACCUGCAUAUUUUGUGAAUGAACUAAGACCUGAAAUAUACUUCAAAUAAAAAAGGCCUUCUCGUAAA